AUGCCUCGCGAUAACCUCUCCAUUGUCCUCGCCGAGCGUCCCACGGGCGACAUCAUCCCCGGCCAGACCUUCCACCAAAAGGUCACCCCCGCGCCCACCGCUGCCGACCUCAAGGAUGGCGAGAUUCUUGUUGAGGCUCUGUACCUCUCCCUCGAUCCUGCCAUGCGCUCGUGGCUGAACGAUGUCCGCUCGUACGUUCCCCCCGUCGCCAUUGGCGAAGUCAUGCGCGGCGCCUCUGCUUGCCGCGUCCUCGCCUCCAAGUCCGAAAAGGCCAAGGUUGGCGACUACGUCUACUCGGAUCUCGGCUGGACCGAGUACGCCAUCCUCCGCGACGGCAAGUUCACCACAGCCGACGCAUACCCUGGUCUCCAGGACCCCAAGGACAUCCUCUCUGCUCUCGGCAUGACUGGCCUGACUGCCUGGUACGGCAUGACCCAGAUUGGCGACCCCAAGCCUGGUGAGCUCGUCGUUGUUUCCGGCGCUGCUGGUGCUACCGGCAGUGUUGCCGCUCAGAUUGCCAAGCUCAAGGGUGCCCGUGUCGUCGGUAUCUGCGGCUCUGACGACAAGGCCAAGUGGCUCGUUGACGAGCUCGGUCUUGACGCUGCCCUCAACUACAAGGACGCCGACUAUGCGCGCAAGUUCACCGAGGCCACCAAGGGCUUCAUCGAUGUCUACUUUGACAACGUCGGUGGCGAGACUCUCGAGCUUGCCCUCAAGCAGGCCAAGGAGCAUGCUCGCUUCGUCAUGUGCGGCAUGAUUAGCCAGUACAACACCGACAAGCCCAUCGGCCCCCGCAACAUUGGCCGUGUCAUCACCAUGCGCAUCAAGAUGCAGGGCUUCAUCAUCUUCGACCACGCCAAGAUGUUCGUCCAGGCCCGUCGCGAGCUCUCUGGCUGGAUCAAGGAGGGCAAGCUCAAGAAGACUGAGCACGUCCUUACUGGUGGCCUCAAGGUUGCCGAACAGGGCCUUGUCGAUCUCUACAAGGGUAUCAACUCUGGCAAGCUCCUUGUUGAGAUCAAGAACACCAACGAGGCCCCCUCCAAGCUGUAA